GCCCCCUCAGGUGCCCAUGGGGCCGAUUUUGUGAAUAGGAAAUCCUUUCACAGCAUUAAUGUUCAGAUGGUCUGCAAUGCUGACUGUGUGAUCAGCAAUGUUGUGGCAAAAUGGCCUGGCUCAGUCCAUGACUCCAGAAUCUUUCGGGCCUCUGAAAUCUAUCAGUGCCUAUCACAAGGUGAAUUCUCUGGUGUGUUGCUGGGAGACAGGGGGUAUGGCUGCCAGCCUUUUCUCCUGACACCUUUCACAGACCCCCAGGAAGCACAGCAGGCCUACAACCAUGCCCAUGCCAGGACCAGGGCCAGAGUUGAAAUGACCUUUGGCCUCCUGAAAGCACGCUUUCACUGCCUUCACAAAUUAAGGGUCAGCCCUGUUAGGGCAUGUGAUAUUACUGUGGCUUGUGCUGUCCUCCACAAUGUGGCCUGCCUGAGGAAGGAGAGGGCCCCCAGAGUGCCACCAGCCAUGGACUGGGACAAUCCGGCAAUCUUCCCUGAUGACGACAGUGGUCGGCUGCUGAGGGACCAAUAUGUGUUGAAUUAUUUUAGUUAGUAUGUGUGCUUUCAAUUUUGGUUAAAUAUGUCCUGCGGUGGCAGAGGAAUUUGGGUUUUUUUGGGUUCGUUUUGUUACGAAUUUGGCCUCUUAUGAUGUUUGUGCGGUAUACUGUGUGUAAUACAAGGCUGCAGGGAGGCUACUGCAUCCAUUCAUUUGUCUGUUCAGUUGAUGUGUAUGGAUUUGUCCUGCAUUUAUUUUAGUGUGCAGACAUGCAGGGUGUGUUAUAUACAGACCUUUGAAUGUGUAUGUAUCAUUUUGUAUAAUAUGCUUUGAUUCUGUGCUUUCCAUCUUGUAGAGUCACUGUGACUUCAGUUUCGAAAGGAGCUGAUGGUUUACCUGCU